ACUGUUGUUGCAGUUCAAGUGCAAUAGAUAUGGCUACGAAACCAAGUCUACGAGAGAUUCCGAAACCUGUUUGUGAAAAUGGAGUUUGGAGAGGAACGACAAUUAAUUUGCCAGAGGGAUACUUUAAAAUCGGAGAGAGAGUUCGUAGCCAGUUUGAAAAAUAUCCAGAUUUCGUAGGACAGAUUGACGGUGCGACGGGAAAAAAAGACACGUUCAAUUGUAUGGGCGCAAGAACUACAAAGUGCGCAGUAUGGCUUAAAAAACAAGGCGUUAGUCGUGGAGAUGUCGUUGGUCUGUGUUCAAAAAAUCAUUUGGACAGUUGCAUACCGCUUUUAGCUUCUUUCUAUUUAGGAGCUAUUUUUAACCCUUGGUGGGACAGUUGUUUAGAUGAAGAACUGGUGACGUAUUUUAUAAACACAACAAAGCCUAAAGUGUUAUUUGUUGACGAGGACAAUGCGGAAAUAAUUAUCAAGGCAAUGACUAAAAUAGAUUAUUCAUUGCCGGUAGUAAUUUUCGGUGAAAAAUCUGGUCUGAUAUCUUUCAAAGACAUUUUGCUAACUCAUAGCGAUGAUGAAGUCAGCAAAUUUAAAUGUACGGAAAUAGAAGCUGAAGACCCAGCGUUAAUAUUGUAUACAUCAGGAACAACAAGCGCUCCGAAGGGAGCUCUACAUUCUUAUCAAUCAUUCAUUAGUAUGAUAAGUUAUUACCCACCGGAAUCUACACCCCAUACUGUUCUAUGGUUUUCUGGACUCUGCUGGAUGUCUGGACUACUCACUAUCUUACGGUCAAUUACUUGCAAAGUUACGAUGAUUGUUUAUCAUAAUUUAGGCGAAGAAGAAGCUUGCAGGCUCGUAGAAAAAUACAAGGUUACUCGGAUAUCAAUGGGAACUAGCACAGCUAAUAGAUUCAGUAAGACGAAAGGAGUAUGGAAGUAUGAUGUAUCAUCAGUCGUUUCAGUAGGCUAUGGCGGCGGGAUCGCUAUUAAAGAAGUCAUCGAAUCAUUAUGUAAAUUAUUUAAAAAUGCAGUUAUUCACGUCGCUUAUGGUUGCACCGAAUGUGGAGCAUUAGCAGGAGGAAAAGUUGAGGCCAAUAAAUUAACCUCAUGCGGAAAAGUAUUUUUUAAUACAGAUCUCAAAAUAGUUGACCCUGAAACUAACAAGAUACUUGGACCGAAUGAAAAUGGCGAAUUAUGGUGUCGAAGCCAAACGAUAAUGACUCGCUACUGGAAUAAUCCAGCAGCAACUGAAGAAGCUGUCGACUCAGAAGGAUGGUACCACACUGGAGACCUGGGGUAUUAUGACAACGAUGGUGACAUUUUCAUUGUCGAAAGAAUAAAAGAAUUGAUAAAAUACCGCCUUCAUCAUGUACCGCCAGCAGCCAUCGAAAGUGUAAUUCAAGACCUUCCGGGAGUUGCGGAAGUAGCAGUUGUUGCUAAAUCAAGUCUUGAAGAUCUAGAACUUCCAAUGGCUUUUAUUACCAAAGUACCCGGAAUGCAAAUUACCGAGGCUGAAAUUAAUGAAGCCGUAGAGAAAAAACUACACGACAGAAUGAAACUUCGAGGCGGAAUUUGUUUUUUGGAAAAAAUGCCUUAUACAACUUCGAAAAAAAUAUCUAAAAAAGAACUCCGUGCCAUGGCAAGAGCUUUAGCAGAAAAUCAAAAAUAAUUUAUCCUACAAUAGUAUUUCUGUCUAAUAAAGUUACUAAUUAAAUAAGU